UGUGACUUCCUCACCUGCCAUCCUCCUUGACCUUGAUUGUUCAUUGAGGGCCUAUAUCACACCAUGCCGCCGCGUCUCAACCUUUUCACCGCACGGGCGGUCCCCGUCCUUCGUCAGUCCGCCAACAGCUCGGCUGCUUCCCGACGCAGUUUUGCGACCAUCCUCAACACCAACCGGCCUUGCGCGGCCUCGAUUGGCCAUGGCUUGAAGUCCGGCCUGUCGGCUUCCGUUCGGACACAGAGGAGGUGCAGCUCCUCGGGCUCUGAUGGUCAGGAUAGACCCAAGGGCCCGACCGAGGACCCUUUGCCCCAUGUUAGCGAAGAGGCCGCGGAGGUCAGCAAGAUCAUGGAUAAGAAGUGCGAUGGUACCCCGGCCAGUCCUGAAUUGGAACAGGGAACGCCUAUUUCUGAGAUUCUGCAACGUGAUAAAGAGGCCCUGAAGCAUAUGCCCAAGGUCAUGCAAGACCAGAUGAAGCGCCCCUCCGGUAGCCGUUCAUUCUCGACGUCCGCUCGCCGCCUGCAGCCAGAACUUCAGGGAAAGGAAUUCGAUGAUGCCUCGGCGUCGGUCGUUGCCAACAUGAUCUCCCAGGUCAACCAGCAGGCCACCGAACUGCACCCUGGACUCAAGUUCGAAGUGCCCGAGAACCUUCCCAAGACUGAGAACUUCCGCAAGAGAUACGAGACGAUAGUGGAGCAGUUCACUAAGCUGCUUAUGCAAGAUGGCAAGCUGAGCAAGGCUCAGAACACUAUGGCAUUCAUUCUGGAUCACUUGCGCACUGCUCCUCCCCCGAACAUCAACCCCCGGCGCCGCUUGCUCCCGGGCCCUCCCGCUCCUCAGCUCCCUCUUAACCCCGUCCUCUAUCUCACCUUGAUUGUCGACUCUGUCGCGCCUUUGCUCAAGCUCCGUCAACAGAAGGGUAUCCUUGGUGGUGGUGUGUCUGUGCAGGUCCCUUCUCCUCUCGCUCUGAGACAGCGCCGGAGAACCGCGAUCAAGUGGAUCAUCGAUGCCUCUGACAAGCGUAAGGAUAGUCUGUUUGGCCAGCGCGUGGCUAACGAGCUGGUUGCUGUUGCUGAGGGCCGCAGUGGAGUGUGGGAGAAGAGAGAGCAGGUGCACAAGCUUGGUGUGGCUGGCCGUUCUAACCUUGGAUUGGUUGCGCGCCGGAGCGCUAGUCGCGGCUGGGACCCUCUCCAAUUCUGGCCAAUUCUGGUCCCCGGAAAGCAGCUUAUCUCGUUAGCGGCACGACCUGAGAACGUGGAACGUCGCCCAUUCAACACCCUCGCACAAAUACGCUGGACAGUCUCCGGCCGCUGUCUCUGCUGCCCCGCUCUUCCCUGUCUCUUUUCCUUCCUGUCCAACACCGUGUCGUCGAAUGCCGGCGAUCGAACCUGGGCACGCAUCGCUUCUGCGAGGGGUGCCUCUCCCGACGAUAACGACGUAACCCCAAGCGGCCAGUCCAUCGAACUCGGCCAGUAUCCUGACACACCUGCCACAACUGCCCGCCAGUCUCACGCGACUCUUCCUCCUACCCAGCUGACUGACCCAGGCUCUGACUUUCCUCCCUACCAUCGUACAGACCACCGGGAAGGUCAUCCUCAGAAGUCUACACCGCGGGACAAACCAGUUAUCAUCAAAUAUUGGAUAGAAGCUCUUCGUCGUCACCCUCACCGCCACCAGACUAGCGGUUCUGCCGACAAGAUGAAGUUCUCACAUAGCAUUCAGUUCAAUGCGGUGCCGGACUGGAGUGCUUAUUAUCUGGCUUACAGCAAUCUCAAGAAAUUGAUUUACUCCUUAGAACAGGAAGUGCAUAGAUCGGCCGGACAUGACCAUGUAGAUGUUGAACAAGCGCCAUUGUUAGAUGGCGGCAGUCUGAACACUGAUGCGAUAUUUCGUCGGGCUCUGGAUGCAGAGUUGGAGAAGAUCUGCUCGUUUUAUCAAUCCAAGGAGGCGGAGAUAUUUACAGAGGUCGAGGACGUCCUCAGAGAUGCCGAGGAAUAUGCGCACAGGGCCGAUACGAUGAAUGUCGAUCCCAUGAGUGAUGCCAUGGUCAAGGGUCGCACAGCCAGUUCAAGCUCCAGACAGCGGCCUGGGAGCAUUGUUCGUCCGGUGCCAUCGAACCAGGAACGGCGUCAUAGCGCAUUCAGUGAAACUCUGGCCGAUGAUGACGAUGACGAUGCAGACAGUGACGACGAACCCGCGCAUCAAUAUCGACCGCAGUCGCAUGGCGCUGAGUCUAGCAAUCCGGAUGGUAGUCGUACGGACGACAUGAGGGACUCUGUGCUCUGGGGUGCCGAUUCUCGGAUUCUGGGCUACAGCGGUCCGUCCACGCACCGCGGGGGUGCACACGACGAGCACUUUUCAGAUCCAAUUGUCGUAGAUCUCUACAACUCGGGGCUCUCGCUGAAGAAGCGGGCUGUUGCGACUUAUGUUUCCAUCUGUGGACUCAAGUCGUACAUUCAGCUUAACAAGACCGGAUUCUCCAAGGCGCUGAAGAAGUACGAUAAGAUCCUUGACCGCAAUCUGCGUCGGGAGUACAUGAAUUCCGUCGUGUCUUUGACGUAUCCAUUCAAAGACUCUACCAUGGAAAAGGUGGAUGACAACAUUCGCAAAGUCGAAGAGGUUUACGCGAAUGUCGUCACCACCGGUAACAUUCCCCUCGCCAAACGUGAACUCCGCCUGCACCUCAGGGAACAUGUUGUUUGGGAGCGAAACACGGUUUGGAGAGAGAUGAUUGGUAUCGAAAGGAAGGCCCAGGCUGCGAACGUCGGUAUUCGCAGGACGCUUCUGGGCGGAGACGAGGAUCCUUCCAAAGCUCGACGCCAGGGGGACGAGCAGGAAGUGGUGUCCAAGAUGCUCAGGACGCCGUUUGGAGUCAUCCGAAUUCCACAAUGGCUCUGUAGUUUGAGUCUCGUCACCCUUGUUCUCAUCCUGCUUGUCUUUGGCAUUUUGUUGUCCGUCCCGAUAAUGGAGAAGCCGGAACAGCAGAAUUGUCUGGCCAUGCUUGUUUUCGUCAGCUUGCUGUGGGCUACAGAGGUUAUUCCUCUAUUCGUCACAUCGCUACUCAUUCCUUUCCUCGUCGUGAUGCUCCGUAUCAUGUUAUCCGACAACAAGCCCCACGAACGCUUAGGCGCGAAGGAAGCCACCGCCGCUGCUUUCAGCGCCAUGUGGACGCCAGUCAUCAUGCUGCUGCUUGGAGGCUUCACCAUCGCUGCAGCGCUGUCCAAGUACGAUAUUGCUCGUCGUAUGGCCAUGUUCGUCCUGAGUAAAGCCGGGUCCAAUCCCAACAUCUUGCUGCUCACCAACAUGUUUGUGAGCAUGUUUCUGAGUAUGUGGAUCAGCAAUGUCGCCUCGCCGGUGCUCUGCUACUCGAUCAUCCAGCCUCUGUUGCGUAAUCUGGCGCCCGAUUCCAGCUUUGCCAAGUCCCUUGUUUUAGGUAUUGCUUUGGCCGCCAACGUGGGCGGUGCCGCGUCGCCAAUCGCGUCGCCUCAAAACAUCAUCGCUUUGCAGAAUAUUUAUCCGAGCAUGAGCUGGGGGACCUGGUUCUUCAUCUCACUGCCAGUGUGCAUUCUCUCCAUUGUCGCGAUCUGGAUGCUUCUGGUGCUUACCUUCAAGCCUGGUCGCGAGACGGCCGUCGCCAUCCGUCCCUUGAAAGACAAGUUUACAGGAGUUCAGUGGUUCAUCAGUCUUGUCACGCUGUCAACCAUUGCGUUGUGGUGUGGCAGUCACCAACUCGAGCAUAUUUUCGGAGACAUGGGCGUUAUCGCCAUUAUUCCGAUGGUCCUGUUCUUCGGCACGGGUAUCCUAAAUAAAGAGGAUUUCAACAACUUCCUCUGGACGAUCAUCAUUCUGGCCGCUGGUGGUCUUUGCCUCGGAAAAGCCGUCACGUCCUCGGGUCUCCUUCACACCCUUGCGAAUGCCAUCCGCCUGCGGGUGGAGCACCUCAGUCUCUAUGGUGUGCUGCUUGUGUUCUCCGCCCUCAUCCUGGUCAUUGCCACGUUCAUCUCCCACACUGUGGCCGCCCUGAUCAUGCUCCCGCUUGUGCGACAGAUCGGACUCGGCAUGGAUGACCCGCACCCGAACCUGCUCGUGAUGGCGAGCGCAUUGAUGUGUUCGGUAGCCAUGGCUCUGCCGACCAGUGGCUUCCCUAACAUGACGGCCAUCAUGACCGAGGUGCCCCAGACGGGUCAGCGGUAUCUGCAAGUCCGUCAUUUCUUCACCCGCGGUAUCCCCGCCAGCUUGAUGUCCUUUGCCGUGAUUGUAACGGUAGGAUACGGGCUGAUGUACAUUGCUGGACUGUGA